UAUGUGCAAGGUAAACUUGCCAGUAUGGCGGAGGGGAAAAGUGAUUUGGAAACAGACAGGCUAGAAUUGGAACUGGAGACUUUGUACAUAUACUCUAACGACAACUGUUCGGUACAAAGCAAAGAAUAUUGUUCUGAGUUUUGUAAGCUGGUGGAGGUGCACACAGGGAGAUGGCAGGUGCCGUUGCCCCAGCUGAAGUUGCUGCGGACGGCUCUGACCUGCUUCACCAGAGCCACUGUUGCCUAUCCCGAUGACUGUCAGCACGUCUGUUAUGCUCUCAGCAGCCUGGCUUUGAGCUUCUUUGAGCUUAUGCUGUUCUUUGGGAAAGAGGAGUUCCUGGAGCCCCCCCUGAAGGACAUAUUAGCCUCUUUUCAGGCCUGUCACCGCCGCCUUCUGAGACACAGGAACGUCUACCUGCUGCAGGUGAGGCAGGUCAUCAAAGAUGGCGGUCCCUGGGAGAGACCCGCUCUGCAGGCCAUCCUGAAAGACACAGCCCUCACACAGACAGAAGUGGAGAAGUAUUUGAGCUCGGAGAAGCCAGUGUUCUUUGAGCUGCGUGUGCGCUACCUGCAGGCAUGUGAGCGAGUGCAGGAGGCCAUGGCCCUGGCUAAGUGCUGCCUGGAGCACCCAGAGGUGUGGAGGCACCUGUUCUUCCACCAGGCCUACCUCACCUGCCUGUACAAGGCCUCACUACACCAACACCUGCACAAGGAGAUGGCUGAGAUAGAUGGUAGAGGCGCAGUAGAGAUCAUCUGUAACGCAGAGAGCCAGGAGAAAGAUGAGCUGCUGCUGUCUCUGUGCAAAGCCUUCCUCAGCCAGCAGCUACACAACGGAGACAUGUACUACAUCUGGGAUCUGGUGUUCCUGUGGAGCAGACUAUACUUCAGGGCCCAUCCCUCUAAGCAGGGCUUCCUGUCUGAGUGUCGCCAGCUGAUGCUCUCCGCCAUCAACGCCAGCGCCAUCUUCCCCUUCAUCAAAAUCAUCACAGCAGAGAUGGGUAGUGAGGGAGUGCCGUUGUGUGUGGAGCUUUGUGCUGCAGCGUUACAGACAGACCUCCAGUCUGACCCUGUAACACGCUGUCUGCUGUGUAAGACCAUCGCCUUCCUGCUCCCCAGGGACCUGGAGGUGUGUCGCCUCUGUGCCCUGCUGGUGUUUUGUCUGGAGCGCAGCAUGGAGGCCUACAAGACCAUGUAUUUGCUCUACACACACCCUGAUGAGGAGCCACACCCCCACCACACCCAUGUCAGAACCAACAUCCGCUUCUAUAUCCUACAGGUCAGAGAAGGGCACCAGGGAGUGCUGAAGGAAGGUCUGUUCUUUGACCCAGAGUUCUGGAAUCUGCUGACCCUGAGAACACACUGUCUGGAGCUGAUGACUGACAAGGCCAUGAGGGAUGCUCUCAAUGACCUGAAGGAGGAAGAGGAGUUGGAGCAGGUGGAGGAGGAGUGGAUACCAAGCUACUGGAUGGAGGAGGAGACAUGCAGAAUACACACAGACGCCUCCCACCUCCACCCACACACCAACACAGCACUGGAGAGCUCUGAGACUGUAGGCCAGGAACCUAAAGAGGGAUUGAAUGGGGAUGCUCCUGAGUCACAGACAGACUUCCCUGUGAGGAGGAGGAAGAGGAGGUGGAGGAGAAGGAAGUGUAGGUCGGAUGUUGAGUAUGCUGACGACCCAGACAUUAAGUACUCCCUCAUUCCCAAUCACAGUUCUGAAAGCUCCACCAAGCUACCGGCCAAUCGGCAGAGGGAAUACCUGGCCAGGCAUGUGAAGAACAAGAUCCUGAAGAGACGCAGCAGGAAACCAAGAUGGCUGCUUCUGGAGAUGACCAGACAGACGGAGAAUGUGUCCCCGGGGGGAACGAGGGAGAAGAGACGGGAGGGAAUGAGAGAGAGAGGAGAGGGUAAGAGACAGGGAGGGGAGGGCAAAGAGAGGAGGAAAGAGGGGGGGCAUGAAAAGGAGGAUAAGAGAGAGAUGAGGCAGGGAAGGGGGAGUAAGAGACCUUACCAUAGGACUAUACCUGGCAUGGAGCUCUCCUUCCCUGAAAAUGAAGUGCCUGUUGACCAGGAAAUGGUAGAGAAUCAUCUAGAACCCAGUGUUCGUAUUAAACAACAGCACAGUGAGUCUGAGAAAUAUGUUAACAUGGGACAGCCUAAUGGUGUAUAUGGUGAGAGACCGUUUGAGUAUAAACCAGAGACAGAUGUAGAGUCUUCAGUGGUGGAGCCUUCAGUGGUGGAGCCUUCAGUGGUGGAGCCUUCAGUGGUGGAGCCUUCAGUGGUGGAGCCUUCACUGGUGGAGCCUUCAGUGGUGGAGCCUUCAGUGGUGGAGCCUUCAGACGUAAAGCCUUUAGACUCCAAACGUUCAGUAGUAGAGCCUUCUGACAUAGAGCCUUUAGAAAUAGAGCCUUUAGAAAUAGAGCCUUUAGACGUGGAGCCUUUAGACGUGGAGCCUUUAGAUGUGGAGCCUUCAGACGUGGAGCCUUUAGACGUGGAGCCUUUAGACGUGGAGCCUUUAGACGUGGAGCCUUUAGACGUGGAGCCUUCAGAUGUGAAGGUUUUAGAAGGUCCCAGUGAGCAGACUGACCCAGAGCUGGAUGGUCCAGCCUUGGAGAUGGAGGAGUGUCCACUGAAACUGUUCCACAUCUACGCCAAACUUUCGAAAGGGACGGCUGCUAAGGAACUACUUUCGAGAGAGAGUAAAUUCACAGUGACAGAGGUGGGACCAGACUCAAACACUCAGGGUGAGGACACAGAGCCAGGCAAGGCUCCAGUACGCUCCAAACACCUGCGCUUCAACUGCAGCCACUGCCAGAAGCUCUACAAGGGAGGUAACGUGGUGAGACACACCCUGGCCCACCUGAAGCUGAGAAAGACCAGGCUCAGCUGUGUCUUCUGCGGCAAACACUUCCAAAGGUACAACCGCGCCAAGGAACAUGUUCUAGAGCACAUAGAGGAACUGAGAACUUCCACGGCCAACAUUAAGGUCAAACCCGCUGUCAAUGGAGACACAGAUCCCGCAAAGAAUAUUAAUCAAUCCUCAGAGAACGAAGCGAAACCCAGUGAGAACGUGACCGAGCCCUCGACUCUGACGGACCAGCCUCCUAAACCCAAACGUGUUAAAGUGUUGCCGGUGGUGAGCAAGCAGAGUAGAAUCAUCCAGAACCUGAGAAACCUGAUCAGAAAGACCCAGAACCAGAAGUGUAAAACGGACAUGGACAACCUGAAGUCUGUGGAAGUGACUGAUGAACAGGUGACUGUGAGAGACAAAGUGGUGAUCGUGAGAGAGGUGGUGCCUGGGAAGGAGACCGAGGGAGGAGAGGACAAAGAGAGUGAGGGAGGAGAGGAGGAGGGAAAGCAGAAACAGUACCACCUGUGUCCUUCAGAGGGCUGUGACAGCAUCUUUAUGAAGAUCGGCCCAUCGCUGCUGAGACACGCUGUCACCUACCACAUGGAGGACGCAGCCGUCCUGGACAAGACCUUCCAGUGGGGGAAGGGGAAGUGCCAGAUCUGCCAGAGGCUCCUGUUGGUGUUUGAGCACUACAGAGACCACAUGAAGCUCCACGAUGCUCCUCUGAAACAUGCGUGUCUCCAUAUGAACUGUGGCCAGCGCUUCAAGACUGCCCAGGAGCUCAAAGACCACAUAGACACCCACUGCCCACUCCAGGCCCCUUGUGGUUACUCUGGCUGUAGGAAGAUCUUCUUUACCCUCCCCUCUCUCCACGACCACGAGUGGAGGCACUACACCCAGCCCCAGUCUAAAGACGAGCUGGAGCAGGGCGCUACCACAGAGCUGAGCCCUGAGGGCGAGGCCCCCUGGAAACAGAGGGCGAAGAGCCAGGAUGUGCCAGUGCACGGGUGGAGGGGGCAGAGGGAAAUGCCUACUCCCAAAAGCAGGCGCUCUGAUCCUCAUGAGAAGUGCCUUCACUGUAACAGGUACCUGUGGAACCACCAGCACUUCCUAGAACACAUGAAGAUCCAUGAUGCUCCUCUGAAACAGGUGUGUCUCCACCUGAACUGUGGCCAGCGCUUCUCCAGAACCCAACUACUCUGGGAGCACAUGGAUACGCACCUGCCUCUCCAGGCCCCCUGUGGGUACUCCGGCUGUGACCUGAUCUUCUCCCGCCUCCCCUCUCUCCACGACCACGAGUGGAGGCAUUACAUCCAGGGCCAGCCUAAAGACGAGCUGACAGAGAAGCAGAGUGCUACCAAAGAGGAGGGGCAGACUCCGGAGUCAGACACCAACGGUAACAACUAUGACGGCCCUAUGGAGACUCCAGGCACUGUUCAUGGUGCUGUCACCACCCCUCCUAGUGACUGCACACUGAAACUCAUCAACGGCCAUGAUGAAAAGGAUAGGAAAGACCAAGCCCCCCAGACAGCCGUCCCUGCCACCACUACCACCUCUCCCACACCCCCAUCCCAAACCACCACACCCACACACCCCCAUCCCAGAAUCCUCCAAAACCUCACUGAGCCAAUGACCAUGAGGGACGUGGACAAUAUCGUCACUUUGGCUCAGGUGAUGCCAGGCGGAGAGGAACCAGUCAUCGCGGAACACAAGACUUUCAAACCAGAGGAUCCUUCCUACCUACCACUGGCCAAAGCCCCCCUCAUCCGCCCGCCCCCCUCUACAUACCUGACCGAGGCAGCCCUCAGCAUGCGCAAGCGCAGGAAGCCCAGCGAGGUCACUUCCUGCGGGCCUGGCAAAAAGAGUAAGGCUGCGGUAAAGAGUGUGGUGGGGAAGAAGGAGGUGUUGGCUGAGAAGGAGGCCCCCCCUCCUCAAAGACAGCGUUGCUCCAAGUGUUUCUCCUCCUUCACUAGCCCAGAGGAACUGGAGAAACACCUCUCCCAAAACACCUGCUCCUCCCUCUUCAGCUUUGACUCAGAUGAUGACAGUUAGUGGUGAAGAGGAAUGGGAGUGAAAUGUUCUUCAUGGUGCCAGCGGAGAAUGAUUUUCUGUUAAAGUUCGAGCACUACAGAGACCAUAUGAAGCACCACAAUGCUCCUCUCAGACAGGUGUCUCCACUUCUGUGUUUUAUCUGUACUCUCUGAACUGGGCCUAAUACAGGCACUACUAACAGACAAUCAGCUCUGAGAGCUGUAGGGCCAGAUUCUCAUGGCACUAAAGAGCCGGGCACUAAAAAUACAACACACACAAUCCUCUGGAAUCACUGUACAUAAGUCUGGACCGAACAGUACUGCCUUUCAGUCAUUACAAUACUUUGUUCAAUUCUUAUUUGCUUUAAAAUCAGUAUGAAGAAUCACACUGUAGGUACAGUGUUUCAAAAGUACUUCUAAUUAUAUUCUGUUUGGCAUAAGUUUUAGUUGGCACAUAAAAUGUAUAUUUUAGUUCAGUAUUUUAACUGAUUUUGUUCUAAUGACAAAUGAAACUGUUUCACAAUGUAUUAGAAAUUGAUCAUCUAUGCAUUUAAUUAAAAUAAAUAUUUUGUAAAAGAGAAUCAAAAUGCAUUUGAGAAUAAAAAUCACUGUUGAGCCCAUAAUGGGAUGAAUAUAGCGAUGUGCACUUACCUGCAUUGGUCGUUUAUUUAUAUGUACAAAUGUUGAUAUAUUUAAGUUUGUACUCAAUGUAAAUAUCCUCAAUUCAGCUCUAUUUUUCUUAAAGAAAAAUGUCAGACUUUUGUUUUCAAUAAACAAUUUACAGUAUGAA